UAGAUGUUGAAGAAAGAGAUGAUGAUGAAGGUGAAUAUAAUGGCAAAGAAAGUCAAGAAUCUCAUAGCACUGAUAAUAUUAGUGGAUCUCAUCAUGAUCCACAUAGUCAUUCAUAUAAACAUCUACAACGAUUUCCUCUUAUUUUCGGGACACAAACUACUACUAAUACUAUUGCUACAUCAGCAAUACUUUCGCCACCUCUUCUACCUUCUCCACCACUUCCACCUACCACAUCAACAACAUUACCCACAGAUAUUAGUAACGAUAGCGAUGUCAGUCAUAUAAAUAAACAAAUAUAUGAUGGAAAACGUGCAAUGAGGCUUGAACGUAAUCGCGUUGCGGCAAAAGAAUGCCGUGAAAGAAAAAAGUCUUAUAUACUAAAUUUGGAAAGUAAAGCUACGAGAUUGGAACAAGAAAAUGCUAAUUUACAUAGAAUGGUUCAAGAAAUGAAAAAUAAAUUGGAUUGGGUUGAAAUAAAAACGGCUGAAAAUGUUCAAUUGCAAUUAUUAGUACAAGAUUUAAAAUGUCGUAUUAAUGAAAUGCAAAAAUGUAGCAUUAAUGGUGGUGUUAAUAAUAUAGGUAGCAGUAAUGGUUUUGAAGGGAAUGUGGUGAAAUGGUAG